CUGCGGGCGAGCGGGCGGGCAGCGCCCGGUUCACGGUGCAGCGGCUGCGGCGGGCGCGGCGGGCGCUGCCGAUGGGCCGGGCCCGGGCUGCCGGAGCGCCGGGAGCCGUGAAGGGGAAAUAUCAAAAGGACACCUCUCCAUGGCCUUCUCCAAACAGGACUCAGGAGUUCUAACUGUGUGACCUGGGUCACCAGCUCAGCAGGGAGAGGAUUCAGUACUUUCAUUAACCAAGACUCAUUCACCCUCACCCUGAUGCUCGACAUGGAUGCCAACUGGUGCAAAAAUGAUUUCUGAAAGCAAAGAAGCAGGCAUGCCCCGGACACUGAGUGCCUCCGACAUGGUCACCCCGGGCAGCCUCAGCCCACCUCCCACAGAAUCCACAGAAGGCGAACAGGCUGGACAGCCCCUCCUAGAUGGAGCUCCAUCUUCAGCCUCUCUGGACACCCUGAUUCAGCACCUGGUGCCUACAGCCGAUUACUACCCCGAGAAAGCCUACAUCUUCACCUUCCUGCUGAGCUCGCGUCUCUUCAUCGAGCCCCGGGAGCUCCUGGCUCGGGUGUGCCACCUGUGCAUAGAGCAGGAACAGCUGGACAAGCCGGUGCUGGACAAGGCCCGAGUCCGGAAGUUUGGUGCCAAAUUGCUCCAGUUGUUGGCCGAGUGGACCGAAACCUUCCCACGGGACUUUGAAGAGGAGUCCACCAUCGGACACCUGACAGACGUGGUGGGCCGCAUCGCCCCGUGUGACGAGACCUACGGAAACAGGAUGCAUCAGCUCCUGCAGACUCUGCACCAGAAACUGGCAUCACUUGGCCAGGGGCCAGAAGGCCUGGUAGGGGCGGACAAGCCCAUCUCGUACAGGACCAAGCCACCAGCCUCCAUCCACAGGGAGCUCCUAGGUGUCUGCAGUGACCCCUACACGCUGGCCCAGCAACUGACCCAUGUGGAGCUGGAGCGACUAAGACACAUUGGACCCGAGGAGUUUGUCCAGGCUUUUGUGAACAAGGACCCCCUGGAGGGCACAAAGCCCCGCUUCAAUGACAAGACAAACAACGUAGAGGUCUAUGUGAAGUGGUUCAACCGGCUGUGCUAUCUCGUAGCGACUGAAAUCUGCAUGCCAGCCAAGAAGAAGCAGAGGGCACAGGUGAUUGAGUUCUUCAUUGACGUGGCCCGCGAGUGCUUCAACAUCGGCAACUUCAACUCCCUCAUGGCCAUUAUCUCCGGCAUGAACAUGAGCCCUGUCUCCAGGCUGAAGAAGACUUGGGCCAAAGUGAAAACAGCCAAGUUCUUCAUCCUAGAGCACCAGAUGGACCCCACGGGGAAUUUCUGCAACUAUAGGACAGCCCUGCGUGGGGCAGCUCACCGCUCGCUGACUGCUCACAGCAGCAGAGAGAAGAUUGUCAUCCCCUUCUUCAGCCUGCUCAUCAAAGACAUCUACUUCCUCAACGAGGGCUGUGCCAACCGCCUUCCCAACGGGCAUGUCAACUUCGAGGGAUGAGAGUCCAUGAUUGAAGGGAAGGAGUGGAGGAAAGAGCAGGAAGCUGGCUGACCAUGUUGCAUCUGCAUUCUGGAAGUGGACCCCAAACAGAAAGUGGGGCCAGGCUGUAAACCAUCAAAGGCCACCAGCAGGGCCCUACUGUCCCCCAGCAAAUCUCCACCUCCCAAAGGUCCCAUAACCUUCCAACAGCGCCACCAAAUGGGGAAGAAGUGCUCAAACACAUCAGCCUACAGGAAGCAUUGCACAGACAACAGCCAGCUGCUAUGUGUUUAAAACCUUGCUGAAAGUUAGCAUACUUGAAUAUUUAAACACAUAUGCAGCUAGCCCUCUGUUUCCACGAGUUCUGCAUUGGAGACUGGAAAAAUAUUUCAUAUUUACAUCUGUCCUGAAGGAGUACAGGCUGUUUCGCUUGUCACCGUUCUCGGGACAAUGCACACAGAAGCCAUCUGCAUGGCUCCUACAUUGUGUUAGGUGUGAGGAGCAACCUGGAAAUGGUUUAACAGCCGGCAACAGGAGGUGUAUCUGCUUCAUGGAAAUAAUACACCAUCUUAAUACACCAUCUUAAAGAAGGGAUCAGAGCCUCUGUGGAUUUGGGUAUCUCAGUUGGGGUGAAGGGAUCUUAGAACCAAUGGCUUGUGCAUAUUAAAAGAUGAUUUUAUUUUUAAAAAAUACAGAUAAAAGAAUUUCCUUAGGGCUGUUGAGAUGGCUCAGUGGAUGUGGGUACUUGCUGCCUGAUGACCUGAGUUCCAUCCCUAGGAUUCACAUGGUAGAAGGGCAGAAUUGACUCCGAUGAGUUGUCCUCUGACCUCCACCUGUGCCCCAGUGAACACAUAUGCCUACACAUUUACACACAUGCACAAUAAAUACAUGUCAUAAGAUUUUUUAAACCUCACCUGGGUUGCAGAGAUAGCUCAGCAGUUAAGAUCAUGUACUGAUCUUCCACAAGCCCCCAGUUUGGUUCCCCGCACUCACAAAUGACUGUGGCUCUGGCUUCAGGGGUUCCAACACCCUCUUCUGGUCUCUGUAGGCACUGGCAAUCAUGUAAACAUGCCCGCAUAUUUACAUAUAAAAAGAACACAAAUCGCUUUACUUAAAUUUUAUUGAAAUAUAUUUACUGAACUAUAACCCUAUAAGUCAACAAGUAUCUGACACACACACCUUUAACCCCAGCACUCUGAAGGCAGAGGCAGGAGGAUCUCUGUGAGUAUGAGGCCAACCUGAUGUAUGUAAGUAGAUCCAGGCCAUGAGGGCAUAGUGAGACAUUGGCUCAAAAAGCUGUUGGCCAAUGGCUGCCACCACCCACCUAAGGUGACAGGGGUCAUGGAUUGCUAAAAGCAAUGAAGGAGACAUGGCAAGGUGGCUCUCACAGAACCAGCAUCCUUCUCCUGUCACCCGCGGCCCCAUGUUCCUUCUCAGAUCCACAAGAUCACUCAAGGGUGAUGAGCCAAGGCAAGCCACUCACUUUGCUCUGUUCUGUGUCUCUGU